UUGCUGAAAACUGAACCAGACGUGAGUGUGAGGUCGGAAACGUCAUGUUACUUCCACCUUCCAUCACAUUUGGUGGGAUCUCUUUUUGAUUGGGAGGCUGCGGACUGAUUCAGACGCCGCUGAGGAGGAGGGGGAGGCGGAGUGAUCCCUCCUGCCAGUUAAACCAAGUUCUCCCUGGGACCUAGCGCCCACAUUGCUGAAGCGUCGCAGGGGAUGAAGGCGCACGGAUUCUGCUCUCUCAUUCCGACUCCGAUUUAAGGAUAUUUAUUACUUCUUUGCAUUUUUCCAUCGCGAGGCUCUAAUUAACAUUAAAACAAUCCUGACCGCUGGCUUUCUCUGAUCUCCACAUGUCUUUUCCAACCAUUUGUACGAGAAUCGGGUCAUGAUCACAUCGCCCUUGGUGUCUGUUCUGAGAAAUAGCACGAAUCCAGCGUGGGAGAGCGGCUCCUCGGUGGGGGAGAAGGGAGCAGCGAACAUCAGCCGACUGUCCGUCCACCACUGCGUCUCUCCCGCGGAUCCCUCUCGCCAAGCCGGCCGUCUUCCCAUCAAGGUGCUGAAAAUGCUCACCGCUCGGGCAGGACACAUCUUACACCCGGAGUACCUCCAGCCUCUGCCGUCCACUCCAGUUAGUCCCAUCGAGCUGGAUGCAAAAAAGAGUCCGCUGGCCCUUUUGGCACAGACUUGCUCUCAGAUCGGAAAGCCGGACCCCCCGUCCUCUUCCAAGCUUUCCUCCGUGACCUCCAGCGGAUCCAGCGACAAGGAGACCAAAUCCGGUCCGCUGAAAAUGAGCGACAUCGGAGCAGAGGACAAGUCCAGCUUCAAACCCUACUCGAAAUCUUCAGAGAAGAAGGACUCCUCGAGCAGCAUCAGUGGAGAUAAAACUGGUUUCCGGGUGCCUAGCGCCACCUGCCAGCCGUUCACGCCCAGGACAGGCAGCCCCAGCUCCUGCACCUCCGUGUCGCCUCUACCGUCGGAGGGGAAAACUGGGGACAAGGAGGAAAAGAAGGAGCCUGACAGCAAUAAAAGCGGCACGACUGAUGGCAGCGGAAGCCAAAGGAUAAAUGGAAUUACCUCUGACGACAGCACAUCUGGACCCAAGGCUGCUACGUCAGACUCCACGUCUGUAACCUCCUCCUCUGUUCUCGGAUCCGGACUGGUAGCUCCUGUCUCCCCCUAUAAGCCGGGACACACAGUUUUUCCUUUGCCGCCCGCGAGUAUUUCCUAUCCUGGAAGUUUAGCCGGAGCGUAUGCAGGUUACCCGCAGCCGUUCCUCCCGCCCGGAAUGACCCUGGACCCCACCAAACCCAGCAGCCAGCUGCUGAGCGCGCAGUUCGCGGCCGCCAGCUCGUUGGGGUGCAGUAAAGCGGGGUCGAGCCCCCUGGCUGGAGCUUCUCCUCCUUCUUUAAUGUCCGCCAGCCUGUGCAGAGACCCAUACUGCCUGAGCUACCACUGCACCAGCCAUCUGUCCGGUGCGUCAGGCGCAAACUGCGCGCACGACUCCGCUCUGAAGUCUGGAUACCCGCUCAUGUAUCCAACACACCCCCUGCACGGUGUGCAUUCCUCAGCCCCGUCUUUCAGCGGACACCCCCUGUACCCUUACGGCUUUAUGUUGCCCAACGACCCGCUGCCGCAUGUUUGCAAUUGGGUAUCUGCUAACGGACCCUGCGAUAAGCGCUUCUCUUCCUCAGAGGAGCUUCUUAGCCACCUGCGGACUCACACCUCCUUCGCCGGGACGGAGAAGUUGAUAUCCGGGUACCCGGGCUCCACCACACUCGCGAACGCGGCUGCAGCCGCUGCCAUGGCCUGUCACAUGCACAUCCCUUCAAACGGCAGUCCGGGCAGCCCCAGUGCGCUGGCCCUCCGGGGCCCCCACCACCCGCUCGGACUCAGCAGCCGCUAUCACCCGUACUCAAAGAGCCCUCUGCCCGCUCCAGGGGCCCCGGUUCCGGUGCCCGCGGCCACAGGGCCUUAUUACUCCCCGUACGCCCUGUACGGGCAAAGACUGACGACAGCUUCUGCCUUAGGAUACCAGUGAAGUCGGAGAAUUACACAUUUAUAACAGAAUAAUUUAGGCCCAAUGAGUUUUAUAUUGGGACUGAAUCCACGCCGGGAUCAGUGUAUUUAUUUGCGAUAGCUUCAAGCGUGACUAAAAUAAAAAAUAUUAUA